UCUACUCUUUUAAUGUAACAUGAGCUCCAUGCAAUAUUUCAUGUGUUCGAGUGGUUUCAUUUAAAAGUGUUUACAUCAUGCAGUUACAUUCUUUUAGAUCUUCGUACAAUGUAUUUGUUUCAUUCGGUAUUUUUAUAUUAACAAUAGAGAAUUUCGGAGGAUGUAAUCCUAUUACGAAUUUCAAUUUCAACGAGAACAUCAGGGAAUUUUCUUUGAAGGAAGAUAAUACUAAUACUUCGAAUGUAAAAACGUUGCAGAAAGAAGAUCCGAAACAAUAUACUGAAUUAUCUCAUUUUCGACCGAUUCAUUUACAGGAUAUACCCGACAAUAAAUUAGCAAGCUCAAGUCACAGCCGAGGACUAAUCAAUCGAGAUCAUCCUGGUUAUCCCAUACACGAGUACGACGAAUACCCACAUAUCGGUUACGGAUACGAAUAUCACGUACCGCAAGCUCAUAACGAAUACAAUCAUCACAACUUCGACCCUUAUCACUACGGACAUCAUGGUGCUGUCGGACACUAUUCUGGGCAUCAUUACAAACACUACAACCACGCAUUGGCGGCCAAAGCGGUAUUAUGGCCGAUUGCAGGAAUUGCACUUCUUGGAGCCGCUGCCGCUUUAGUUAGCAAUCCAAUUCUUUUGCAACUCGGCGUUGCGACCGGUAAACGAAAGAGAAGAGAAACCGAAGAAAUUACUGGAUCCGAUUUAGACACCGACUUCACAAAAUGGAAAUCACAAAUCGAAGAUGUUCCACAACUCGCUACGAGCAUUAAUGAUAAAAGUCUAAAUAGAAUACAUUUUCAAAGAAAAACCUUAAAAAAUAAGAAACUAAAAUCAAAACGUCUAUCGAUGAAUAAUCAUCCCACUCAAACCCCUGGAAAUUUCGAAUUUAAUGCUCCAAUAAGUAAUGAAUCGCAUGAUAUGAAUCUUGUACGAGUUCCGAUGCAGAAUGUUUAAUUACAUGUUAAAAUACAAUAAUUAAAUACAAUAUUUAUUUUUAAUUUUAUUACCAAAGUUAAUUCGGUUAUACAUUUAAAGUGUUAAUU